AUGGCUUUUGAUUCUGUGGAUCAAUAUAGAACUCACUUGAAGAAUUAUGCAAUUCAAGAGGGUUUUGAAAUUCAUAGGCUCAAGAAUGAGAGGACGAGAGUAACUAUUAUAUGUGCAAAUGGUGGUUGCCCCUGGAGGAUACAUGUUUCACCUGCAGCUGAUGGCAAAACUUUUAUUGUAAAAUCGUAUACAGACAGACAUACUUGUAGUGGAAGAAAGACAAAAAUUGCAGCAGCUAACUCUAGGUGGGCAGCAAGUAAACUUGCUCCCCACAUCAAGGCAAAUCCUUCCAUGACCAUUAAAAGCAUACACGCAAUGAUGAGGGUACAGUGUGGACUGAAACCAAGCAAUCAACAAUUGUACAGGGCAAGAAUGAUGGCUAAAGAAGAUAUUGAAGGCAAUCAUGUAAAGUCAUUUGCACAGUUGCUAGCAUAUUUGGAAUUGGUUGAUCAAUAUAACCCAGUCACAGUAAUCAAGAUUGAGUUUGUGGAGAGACAAGAUAUGAAUGAAAAUCCUAUGUUUAAAAGGUUAUUUGUGUGUUUUAAAGCAUGUAUAAAAGGUUUUUUACAAGGGUGCAAACCAUUUAUAGGACUAUGGGGGAAUUUUCUGGCAGCUACAACAUCGGAUGGAGAUAAUGAUUUAUUUCCUGUUGCAUUUGGGGUGGUAGAGGUUGAGAGGAAGGACAGUUGGAUGUGGUUCCUUGUUUGCUUAUACAUUGCUCUACAAUCUGAGGUAGAUUAUGUACCCCACUCGACCUUUAUGCCUGAUAAACAAAAGGUUACUAAAUGCAUUUUUCUUAAUUUAUGCAAUAUUGAGAUCUACCUUUGGGUUGCUGCCAAAGCAUACACUCUUGCUGACUUGCAGAAAGCAAUGGUUGAGAUGAAGGAUAUAAGUGUAGAUGCUCAUGACUGGUUGAUGAAAAAUCCACCAUCAAGAUGGUCAAGACAUGCAUUUGAUCAAGGAGCCAAGAUUGACCAUGUGACUAACAACAUGACCGAGUCAUUCAACCAAUGGAUUGCACCAUAUAGAGACAAGCCAAUUGUGAAUUUGAUUGACCAACUUAAGGUGCAACUGAUGACAAGGUUUCAGAAGAGGUAUGCUAGUGCUUGCACAUUCAAGGGUACAAUAACACCAGCUGUUAGGAAGAGAUUGGAUUCAAUUGAAAGAGCUGCAUGGGGUUACACUGGAUAUGCAGCAGGUCUAUAUGAGUUUGAGGUCAAUGAUAAAGAUCACACAGUUGUGGUGAAGUUGGCUGACCGAACUUGUAUUGUUUGA